AUGAUUCCACUGUCUCGACCGCAACUUGCUGUCUUCUUUAUUCUUCUUUGUCCGGUCAACAUUAUCGGACUAUGGUGGGCUGUGGGGAGCCCUCUGGUCGUGGACCCGAACAGUAUCUGUAGGAAGACGAAGCGUCUGGCGGGGAAGCAGGCAGAACUCUGCCAGACACAGCCAGAGACCGUCAGUGAGGUCGCCAAAGGCGCCAGGCUGGGCGUACGGGAAUGCCAGUACCAGUUUCGCUUUCGCCGCUGGAACUGCACCAGCCAGAACAAGUCCUUUGGCAAAAUCCUGCAACAAGAUAUUCGAGAGACCGCGUUUGUGUACGCCAUCACAGCGGCAGGUGUGACUCACGCAGUUACACAGGCCUGCAGUAUGGGAGAGCUCCUCCAGUGCGGCUGUGAGGCCACUCGUAGUCGAGCACCUCCACGUCCUCCCGCUGCCUCCCCUGGUGAAGGUGUGAAGUGGGAGUGGGGCGGCUGUGGAGACGAUGUGGAGUUUGGGUACGAGAAGUCCAAGCAGUUCAUGGACGCCAAGAGGAAGAAGGGGAAAAGCGACAUUAGAACACUGAUCGACCUCCAUAACAACGAAGCUGGCAGACUGGCAGUGAAGAACCAUAUGAGAACUGAGUGCAAAUGUCAUGGACUAUCUGGCUCCUGCACUCUGAGAACCUGCUGGAAAAAGAUGCCACACUUCCGCGAGGUGGGCGACCGGCUGCUCGAGAGGUUUAACGGAGCAUCCAAAGUGAUGGGCGGUAACGACGGCAAGACGCUCGUUCCUGUCGGUCAGAACAUCAAACCGCCAGACAAAGAAGAUCUGAUCUACUCGGCCGAGUCUCCAGAUUUCUGUCUGCCAAACAGGAAGACGGGCUCUCUGGGGACGCGCGGCCGCGUGUGCAACAGUACCGCCAUGGACGUGAGCGGCUGCGACCUGCUUUGUUGUGAACGCGGUUACAGAGAUGAAACCGUGGUCUUUGAGGAGAACUGCCUGUGUCGCUUCCAUUGGUGCUGUGUGGUGCAGUGCAAGAAGUGCUCUGUCCGGAGAGAGUUAAGCCUCUGUCUUUAG